GAAGCGGGCUACAUACACCAGAAGGGGUACGACAUCCGAAACGUCAUAGUGACGAUCGCCGACGCCGACAGCGAUUUUCACAGGGAGUACUUCGCCGCGCUGACCUACUACUUCUGCCACGCUGGCGCCGACGCCGACGGUGAGACCCCGGACAGGCAUCUCACAAUAUGGCAGGCCCCCAUCCUGCAUUUCAAGAACUAUCGCGACCAGCCCGCGCUGGUGAAGCUCGCCUCGCUGGUCGCCAGCCAGCACGAGCUCGCGAACCUGGCCGACCCCAACGCCACGCGCGUGCCCUACUCCACCUACUCGCUCUCGGCGGUGCUCGCUGAGAGGGUGGGCGGCUGGGACGGGGACUUCAUCUCGGAGGACUGGCACAUGGCCCUGAAGUGCUUCUUCGCCACCGCCGGCCGGUUGCGGGUGACCCCAAUCUUCUUGCCUGUGAUGAACUACGCCCCCGUCGGCGACACGUACUGGAAAACAAUCGAUGAGCGCUUCAAGCAGGCGAAGCGGCAUGCGCUCGGUUUCAGCGAGAUGAUCUACAUGCUGAGACAUUUGGGGCGUGUUUGGGGAGCCAUCGGCACUCCAUGGGGCAAGUCUCUGUACAAAUGGCGCGCGAUGUUCUUGUGGGUGAAGCUCUUGAUGAUCCAUCUUGUCAUGGCCGUCUUCUUCAUAAACUCUGUUUUGAAUGGUUACCUGAUUUCAUAUUUUGCGCACGACCCCAGAAUCCAGCAGCUGGAUGCCAACACGUGGACGUUCUUAAUAAAUUGCGUCUUCCAGUCUAUGGCGUUCCUGUCGUUCAUGUCGAUUUUCUUGAUCAGCGUGCUGCUGUACGAGGCCGUGAAGCACCGCGUCGUGGACGAGCAGGAGGGGGCACAGUUGGGCCUCCGAUGGCGCUCCCAGUGCGCGAACUUCUGCAUCACUCUCGUCCAGUCCCUGGUGCUGCUCAUGCCCUUCUUCGCUGCCGCCAGCACCGCGGAGUGGAUCGCGGCCUGGAAGUGCAUGGGGGGGCACAAGUUUAACUACGUCGUGGCCACCAAGCCCAAGGAGAAGGUCGCCGACCUGCAGGCGGUCACCAAUGCAGCAUGA